AUGGCUUUCGCCCGACUCGCCAACUACGUCGAACGUCUGAUGCCUCUCAAUGAGAAGCCUUCAAACCCAUCCGACCGACCGUUUAAUAACGGAACAGCCAAGAACCCUCCUCUGCUCCGAUCCCAAGGAGUAAACCACAUCCUCCUAUACCCGGGGUCCUUUAAUCCUCCCCAUCAAGGACACUUAAACCUCCUGAAACAUGUUUUCAAACAUGCGGGCGCGGACCUGAAUAUGGUCGCAGCUAUCGUUGUCCUCACCAGUGAUGAGAAAGUCCAGAGUAAGAUGAAAGGGCGGGACAAUGCAAUCGCAAUUCCGAAAGACAAACGAAUCAAGCUCUGGAGAGGCCAAGGGAUCCCAGUAGAUUGGGCAUGGGUCUACGACUGCUCCGAGAGCUGGGGCAAGUUUCGCGCUCGUCUUACCAAGGCAGUGCGAAAUGAUCGAAUGGAACUCAAGUUCAUUGCACUACACGGACCAGACAUCAUCACUGCAGAAAAAGGCUUCAACCCCAACAUAUGGGGGUGUUCUGAUGCAAUUACCAGCGAUAUCUCGCGGGCAGUCGACUUCAGAUACCCCAGUACGCUCCGAAAACUCGCGGGAUGUUCCCCAUGGAGCGAGCUGAACGUCGACCGCGCUUGCAUCGAACGACUGAUCCGAACCAAGCUCAGAGGACACCAAGAGUCAGUCAUCAAGGAAGCCAUGACUAAGGCGAUGCAGAACAUUGAUACCAUCUGGGUCUGCAGACAGACACGCCACAAGCCCAAGGGCAAUGUUCGUUUUCUCAAAAGCGAUCUUAUGCAGCAGUCUACCGAUGCACCCAGUUCUACAAAGAUCCGUGCCAUUAUCGUCAGCUCCCCUCCAGAGGAACUGGAGAAGAACCUCCGUGGAAUCGCCCUUCACCCAGACGUAUUGGUGAAGUAUCUGAAGGAGCUUCCUAAACCCGUCAAGCGCGCCGCGCCCCGGGAGCUGAAGGAAUGGAAAUGGAAUUUGGAUUGCCCUGUGGAUUGGAAAGAGUAUGAAAAGACUAUUCCUGAGCGCUGGGACUAG